GCUGGUGCUGGAAGUGGAAGAAGUUGAGUCUCCUCAGACACCCGCCGGCGCCGCCUCCUCUCCUCUCCGCUCCGCUGCGGAGGACAGAGGACAGACUCACAGCGGAAACUUCUGCAAGGGGACACGGGGAAGGGCUAUAGAGAGGAGUCUAAACCUGCCACUGCUGCUGAGCCCCUGGGGACAUCCGUCAAAGUUUUUGUCUACUCCUCUGAGGACUCGUCCAGGAUCCAUCAACACACUGCCGAGGCUGCUAUGUCUGUCUGAACCCCAGAUCUCCUACAGCCAUGGUCCAACAGAGCGCUGAGCUGUCCCACUGCUAGGCGUCGUAGCAUUCGAGAGGGCAGAAGACAUGUUGGGACAGAGGCCCGAGGACCAAUGCACUGAAAUCUGUUACUAUAGCAACUACUGUAGUAACCAUGGAAACGCUAUGGAGGACUGGUCUGAUCUGCACUGUCAUCGUCAUCAUAGUUGCCACAGAGGUCGAAGGAGGUCACAGAGAUGAGUUUGCCAAGUCACAAGCCGCCUUCCUGUCCAGUCUAGGCCAGUACGAGAUUGCCAUCCCAGUACGUGUAGAACCCAAUGGCGAGACGCUGGAUGCAGAAACGCCGCAACAUCAUAGAAGAAGAAGAAGACGCAGUACUGAAGAAAGACUGCCUGACUCUCUCUUCUACCAACUGUCCACGUCACACAACAACUUCCUGCUGAACCUAACGCUGCAGGGAGGCUUGCUCUCCCGGCAGUUCAGGGUGGAGUACUGGAAGAAAGGUCGAUUAGCCUGGAGUCAUCCUUACUCUCCCCACUGCCACUAUGUAGGACACCUCCAAGACCAGCCGCACUCCAGCAAAGUGGCCCUAAGCAACUGUAACGGCCUGCAGGGGGUGAUUGUUGCAGGGGGAGAGGAGUACCUGAUUGAACCCCUUGUCUCACCAGAUAACCAGACCAGGACGGAGAGGGGGGAAGGAGCAGAGGGGCGCCCCCAUGUGGUUUAUAAGCGAUCAUCGCUCCGCCACCAAUACAAGGGCCAAUCCUGUGGAGUCAUUGAUGAAAAGCCAAUGAAAGGUGCGUCAUGGUGGCAGCGAACUCUGAAGACGCCUCCCCAUCAUGUUGGUCGUGGCCAGCUGCCUCUGAAGCGCUCAGUUAGCCGGGAGCGCUAUGUGGAGACGCUGGUGGUAGCCGACAAGAUGAUGGUGGGUUACCAUGGUCGCAGGGACAUCGAGCAGUACAUCCUGGCUGUCAUGAAUAUUGUUGCCAAACUGUUCCAGGAUUCUAGCCUGGGGAAUGCAGUCAAUAUUGUGGUGACACGACUCAUCCUGCUCAUGGAAGAUCAGCCAACACUAGAGAUCAACCACCAUGCAGGGAAGUCUUUAGACAGCUUCUGUAAGUGGCAGAAAAACAUCCAGCACCGGAGCAGCUACGGUAACGCCAUACCAGACAACGGGAUCGCUCACCAUGACACUGCUGUGCUUAUCACCAGAUACGACAUCUGCAUCCAAAAGAACAAACCCUGUGAAACCCUAGGUCUGGCUCCUGUAGGAGGGAUGUGUGAGCCAGAGAGGAGCUGCAGCAUCAAUGAGGACAUCGGCCUGGGAACAGCCUUCACUAUCGCCCACGAGAUAGGACACACGUUUGGGAUGAACCAUGACGGUAUGGGGAACGCCUGCGGACCCCGCAGCCAGGAGACCGCCAAGCUGAUGGCUGACCACAUCACCAUGAAGACAAACCCAUUCAUCUGGUCCGCCUGUAGCCGGGAUUACAUCACCAGCUUCCUGGACUCAGGUAUGGGUUCCUGUCUGAACAACGUCCCUCCCAAGCAGGAGUUUGUGUACCCCACAACAGCACCGGGUCAGGCCUACGACGCAGACGAACAGUGCCGCUUCCAGUACGGCGUCAGAUCUCGACAAUGUAAAUAUGCGGAAGUCUGCAGUGAACUUUGGUGCAUGAGCAAGAGCAACCGUUGCAUCACGAGCAGCAUUCCCGCUGCAGAGGGAACCAUCUGUCAGACCAACACCAUAGAGAAAGGGUGGUGCUACAAGAGGAUGUGUGUGGUGUACGGGACUCGUCCGGAGGGUGUGGACGGGGGCUGGGGUCUGUGGUCGCCCUGGGAGGAGUGCAGCAGGACCUGCGGAGGAGGAGUCUCCUCGUCUAUCAGACACUGUGACAGCCCCAGGCCAACUAUUGGUGGAAAGUAUUGUCUGGGGGAGAGAAAACGCUUCAGGUCCUGCAAUAUUGACGAGUGCCCUGCAGGCUCUCGGGAUUUCCGGGUGAUUCAGUGCUCUGAUUUUGACAGCGUUCCUUUCCGGGGAAAGUUUUACACCUGGAAGCCAUAUAGAGGGGGUGGGGUGAAGCCCUGUUCUCUCAACUGCCUGGCAGAAGGAUACAACUUCUACACUGAGCGUGCUCCAGCUGUGGUGGACGGCACGGCUUGCCGAGAUGACUCUCUUGAUGUGUGUGUAAACGGAGAGUGUAAGCACGUAGGCUGUGAUCGAGUCCUCGGCUCGGACGUUCGUGAGGACCGCUGCCGGAUCUGCGGGGGUGACGGGAGCAGCUGUGUGUCUGUGGAGGGACUCUUCAACGACUCGCUGCCCGAAGGAGGUUAUGAAGAAGUGGUCAGAAUUCCUAAAGGCUCAGUGUUCAUCCACAUACAAGAGCUCAACAUCUCCCUCAACUACCUUGUGCUGAAGAAUAAAGGGGACCAGUACUUUAUCAAUGGGAAGCUGACCAUUGACACGCCGCGCAGGUUUGACGUUGCCGGUACCAUCUUCCACUACAGGCGGCCCACUGAUGGACCAGAAACUCUUGAAGCUCUGGGCCCAACAAACAUAACCCUGAUUGUCAUGGUGCUGGUGCGGGAGGAGAACCCAGGGAUCCACUAUCGCUUCAACCCCCCAAUUAACAGGGAACCUCUGACGGGCUUUGCCUGGCACUACACCUCCUGGUCACGCUGCUCCGCCCUCUGCGCUGGAGGUGUGCAGACGCAGCAGGUGGUGUGUAGGAAGCAAGCAGAUCAUUCAGUUGUCUACAAUCACUUCUGUGACAAGAAGAACAAACCCAAAGAGAAGAAAAGAUCCUGCAACACUGAGCCGUGCUCCCCAUCCUGGUGGACAGGAGAUUGGUCGGACUGCAGUCGCAGCUGUAACGGCGGCCUGCGGACACGGGAGGUGCUAUGUAAAAGGAGGAUCUCUGUGACGGAGGACAAGGUCCUGGACGACUCAGCCUGUACAACCACACGCCCAUCUCUCACUGAGCCAUGUGGCAACCACAGCUGCCCCCCUGAGUGGCUGGCCCUAGACUGGUCAGAGUGCACGCCCAGCUGUGGUCCUGGCUACAGGCACCGUGUGGUCUUGUGUAAGAACGGGGAGAGCGGUGACAACCUGCCAGAGUCCAAGUGCCCCAAACAUGGCCGGCCGACCUCCAGGGUGCGCUGUAACCUGCAGCGCUGCCCUCCCCCUCAGUGGGUGACGGGUCCCUGGGGAGAGUGUUCUGCCAGGUGUGGUCUGGGUCAGGAGAUGCGUUCGGUGCAGUGUCUGACCCCCACCGGCCUGCCGUCCAAUGAGUGUCUGGAACAUCAGCGGCCAGCAGCCAUGCAGCAGUGCAAGAGCAAAUGUGACCUCAGUCUGCCCAUCAGUACAGACAACCCUGAAGGCCAAAUGUCGGGAGGAUUUAAGUCAUUCCAUACAAGUCGUAUAAGUCUGAACAAUAAAGAGUGUAAAGAUGUGAACACUGUGGCCUACUGCCCCCUGGUGCUCAGGUUCAAGUUCUGCAGCCGGCCAUAUUUCAGACAAAUGUGCUGCAAAACCUGCCAGGGACACUGACCUGGACACCUCACAGCAUCCAAUCACUGGGUCCUGUACACACCCACAGUAAGCCUGAAACCCUCCCACUGAGCCUUGUAGCAGCAGCGCUCACUCUACCUCUAUCAGAGGAGUGUGAGAUCUACCUGGGACGCUGUCGGACUGACACCUUGUCCCGUUACUGUCAAAGAGGGACUGUUUUUUCCAGCACAAACCAGACGCCUCUCUGGGCAGAGCUGGGCCAAAACGGCCUGAGCUGAGUUUUACAUUCCACUGGAGGGAGGGCUGCUGAAACCCGCAGAGACAGAGGGAGGGAGCGAGUAACUUCCCUCCAUCGCCUGUCUUUCUAAUGAUCCCUCUGUUGUAAUAUUUUGGUGCUACUAUAUUUCUCUUUGGCCGCAGGGCUGGUCGCAGUACUCUUUUAAACCUGUAUGUUAACAGGUGAUAUUUGUUUAGUAACGAGUUUUUGAAAAAUCCACUUUGUAAAGAAAAUGAUUUUCCAGAUAUCUUCGCUCAUGAAAAGGAAUACAUAUGCUAUAAAAUGAAAGAUUUGUUUCUAUGUUAUCUAAUAGUUGUUACUUGACCACGUUGUUUUAAUGCCAUUGCUUUGUUUCGUAUCAACGUAUUCAUCAAGUCCUCGCUGUUAUUCAGCUGAAGUAUGAGCAGAGUUUGAUUUGCACAAAGUGUCAGCAGUCAGAGGACUUGUGUAUAUUGUUUGUUUUGAUUUGACUUGAUGUCUCUGUGGAAGCUAUACAUGUCUCACUGCCGUGAACCUGCCAUAGUCUUGCCAUUUUGGUUAGUUUGCUUAAACCUUUUUAUCACCUCUAAAGUAAAACAGAGCUUCGUGCUGCACAGGACAAACAGAGACACUGGCUUUAGUGCUUAGUGAUGUAAGCAAAGCCAGUGCUGACUCACCAGGACAUUUUCAGAUUAUAGGACGUUAUUUUGUGGCUGCAGACUGGCAGCUUGUGCAUAGUCUUCAAAAAGAAACUUUUAACAGCUUGGCUCAGUGUCAUUAUCUGAAAAUCCCUUAGCACGGGGCCUUGCUUGUUGUAUUUUUUGUUUUGCCAUAUGUUACCACUCAUUCAACAGUGCUAGUAACGUUUACUGCGAGUGGAAAUUCAGAGCACAGUGAGCUACAGUUGAGUCUGCUCUGCCAGCAGGAACAGGCCCAGUGAGGGGAGUGAACACCUCUGACCUGCACUGCUUUCAAACAGCAUUUUAUAGUAGGAGUGCUAAUCUGGGGAUCGAUUUACACACCCAUAAAAUAUCAGAUUUCUUUGUGGCACAGAUCUGCUGAAUUCACGGCUGUCUGAACUCCAUCAUUCAGGCUGCUGUGAAAACACUGCUGCCCCUUUUUAUUCUUCUAAAUUGCAGCCAAUUCAAAAUGAUCUUCCAGAGUGAUAAUAGCUCACUUAGUUUGGCCACAUGGGGGCAGCAGAAACAACAUUGACAUAUCCCCUUUUUAAGUUGAUAUGGUGAAUUUGGUUAGAAAACAGUUGCUUAUUUAAACUGAGCAUUUACUGAGCAACAUUAUUAUUAAUUUGGAGUUUGAAAAAUAUAAGUCCAAUAUUCCCUCUCUUUUAGCUCUGUUUUAGGCCUGGACCAACUGCUGAGCGAUGUGCUGAAGAUUUGGCUCUUUAGCUGCCAAAUGCUCCACUAUGUUCUCGAGCUAGUCACUUACUGCGUUUGUCUGCUGUGCGGUGUUGUGAAGGUAGUGUACAGUGGGGUUUCAGAGCUUUUUCACUGAAAGCAGCUACCUGCAGCAGACAAAAACAACGCUUUAGCCGGAUAGCCAACUAUGAAACUCACUAUAAAGCUUCGUAAAGCCCAGAGGAGCUGCAGAUUCAGGUGAUGAUUACCUGUUAAGUUCAUCAUCCCUUUUUACAUCCUCAUUUCAUACAAUGUUAUUAUAAACAUAUGGAUUAUAGCUGCUUUAAUGAAUCAACACUCAGUGUGAAGUUAAAUGCUGAAAACUCAAAAGAUCCAUGACAGCUUGUGUCCUUCUAAAGACAGUGAUGUGACUCAGUCUCCAUAAAAGUUCUAGUUUCCCGUACAGGAAACGUGUCACCUGAUCCAAUUUUAUCAUAGUGCUGAUUCCAUUGAAGUUUUUAUUGACACAAACAAAGUUUCAGCUAUUUCUCCAUCCUGAAUAGAAACGCUGCGUCAGAGAUCAGUCAUCACUGUGACGUCCACUACGCUCCGCUGUGGUCGGACUCUUCACAAACGUUGCCACUGAUCUCUGCUGAAAGCAGCUGUAACACUACAUGUCACUUCAUUUCAUUGUAAAAAAGCUACAGUUUGUCUUUAUAGGAUUAGCUGCAAUAUUGUUCCUUUUCUUGUUUUUCUUGUGGUGCUUUGGUUUGGAUUGGUGCUAUUAGUUCACAUUUGUUGUCAUUGUCAUUUUAACAAUUGUGCUAUUAAUUAUUUAGAAAUCAAUUUGAGCCUUUUUUUUUAAUAAUACCAAUCUGCAGAGCUGACAGUGGUGAGGGCCUUCUUUGGGUUCCUUUGUUCAUUUCUAUCAGAUUAUAAGCUUUCUUAACAAGUUUGGUUUUGUAAACAUAUCCUAUUUUGGCGGCAUUAAACAAACACUUGGGUUUUGGGAACACCUUUACAAAUUUUGGGAACCCAGAUUUUGCAUCUCAAAAGGUCUGCCAAUCUAUCCAUGUGGAGCAUAGAAAUAUUAUUUAAUUUAAAAUAUUCGUACAGUUCAUUUCUAUGCCAUCAUAGUACAGCUCACUCACCCAUGCAGUUUUUCAGGACUGAACAUGUUGAAACACCAUUUGUAUCAUUUUCUGUUGCACAUAAAGUUUCAGAUGAUAUUUGUUAAAGUGUCUGAAAGGCAUUUUUCUCUGUAUCUACCUGUACCUAUAAUACAGGUUCACACUGAGAAGUGAGCCUGGUUUAUCUGACUUAAUAAGAGGGACAGUACCGGUAAUUGUUGUUUUGUUUUGUCACAUGCUAAUUAUAACAUGACAUGUACUGUAUGUUGUUCAAUACUAUAGAAUAUGAAUCCAUUUGUCCUCCAUGUACAUCUUUUUAAAAGGAAAUAUUAAAUUGAUUAAACAUG